CUUUCUGAGGCGGAACCUUUUACGAUGUAUCAGGAAUGAGUUUGUUGACGUUGCAACUGAUGACGUUGCACAGUUAGGAAGUGUGCAAAUCCAGAAAACACCGCACAAUGCAAAUCUAGCCAAAAUUAAUCGUAUUUCAGUUGUCAAUUAAUUUUUUUUCAUAGUGGAGAGUUAAAAUAGAGAGAGCGUCUCAAAAUGUUCGCAGGGUUACCUGAGCUGGGAAUAUCCAAUGGAGAAGAUCUGAAAGAAACUCUCACUAACUGUACAGAACCCCUGAAAGCCAUCGACCAGUUUCAGGCUGAAAAUGGCAUAUUGUUGCCAACCCUACAGUCUGCAUUGCCUUUCCUGGAUCUUCACGGGACUCCGCGGCUGGAGUUUCAUCAGUCAGUGUUUGAUGAGCUUCGAGAUAAGCUGAUGGAGCGCGUUGCCACCAUUGCCGAGGGCAAGGAGGAGGACAGAUACGUAAAGCUGGAAGAACUUCUUGAGAAGAGCUUCCCAUUGGUGAAGAUGCCGUCCAUACAGCCCGUUGUCAUGCAAGUCCUCAAACAUCUGCCUAAGGUGCCUGAGAAGAAGCUGAAGCAGGUUAUGGCCGAUAAAGAGCUGUACAAAGUCUGUGCUGUGGAGGUGAAACGGCAAAUUUGGCAGGACAAUCAGGCUCUUUUCGGUGACGAGGUGUCUCCGCUCUUGAAACAGUAUAUUGUGGAGAAGGAGACGGCUCUUUUUAGCAACGACCUCUCCAUCCUUCAUAACUUUUUCAGUCCUUCACCCAAAACACGGCGACAGGGUGAGGUGGUGCUGAAGCUGACUCAGAUGAUUGGGAAGAAUGUGAAGCUCUACGAUAUGGUACUACAGUUCCUGCGGACGCUGUUCCUGCGAACACGAAACGUGCACUACUGCACCCUACGUGCUGAGCUGCUCAUGUCCCUUCAUGACCUCGACAUCAGUGAGAUCUGUUCAGUCGACCCCUGUCACAAGUUUUCUUGGUGUUUGGAUGCCUGCAUCAGGGAAAAGUUUGUGGAUGCUAAACGGGCUCGUGAGUUGCAAGGCUUCCUGGAUGGUGUGAAGAAAGGGCAGGAACAAGUAUUAGGUGACCUGUCGAUGAUCCUCUGUGAUCCGUUUGCCUGUAACACUCUAGUGUUGAGCACCGUGAGGAACCUUCAGGAGCUAUUGAGCCAGGACGCCCUCCCCAGAGACAGCCCUGAACUUCUCCUCCUGCUGCGGAUGCUUUCUCUUGGCCAGGGGGCCUGGGACAUGAUUGACAGCCAGGUUUUCAAAGAGCCCCGAAUGGAUUUGGAGGUGGUAACACGCUUUCUGCCUGCCAUGAUGUCAAUAGUGGUGGAUGACUACACUUUCACUGUGGAGCAGAAACUACCAAGUGAGGAGAAGACCUCUCAAACAUACCCCACCACCCUGCCUGAAACCUUCUCCAGGUAUAUACAGGAAAACAGGGUGGCAUGUGAGAUCGGUCUUUAUUAUGCACUUCAUAUCGCUAAGCAGAGGAAUAAAAAUGCUUUACAGCGGCUUCUGCCUGGACUGGUGGAUACCUAUAACGACAUGGCGUUUGGAGACAUCUUCCUCCAUCUUCUCACUGGUCAUCUAACUCUGCUCUCUGAUGAAUUUGGAUCAGAGGAGUUCUGCACUGCUGUCUUUGACAACUUCCUCCUCACAUCUUUCUCUAGUAAGGAGAACGUUCACAGACACAGUCUGCGCUUGCUGAACCAUCUGCAUCAGAAGGUGCUGGCGUCCUACAUGGAAACCUUAAUGAAGACACUUGAACCGCCAAAACAGAGCAGUGAGUCAGUGAAAGAACUGUACACCCUGUUGAAGGAGAAGCUUGAGGCUUCUAAGAAAAGCCCCCCUGAACCAGAGGAAGCCCCCUCUCUGGAUUUAGGCCUUCACCCUGUUACUGUGCCUCCCACCCCUUCCACCCCUACGACCCCUGUCUGACGGAGACUGGACGCUCCAGCCACUAGAGAGGAGGUAGAUGACUCAUCUAAUAGCAAAAGACUGACCUUAAGAUCUGUAAAAUGGAACUGUGCUGGUUAUUUGACUUAGUUAAGUUGUUUUUCUUGUCUCCCGUUUUUAUAAAGGUCAUUUUAAAGCAUUUUCCAAUUUUCAAUUUUGUGGUUUUUUUUAAGAAAAUGUUGUCUUUUGUAAAGCAUCUCAUGGCUGAAUAUCAUUUGCUUUGGAUUGAGUCAGUGUGACAAACCCUUGUGUAAAUAAAAUAAUUGGUUAGACAAAUUUACAAUUUAUGAUUUUUUUUUUUUAUAUUUGAAGUUCCUCUUUAAAUACCCACUGCUGUCUCGCACUCAAAACUAAACAAGUGCCCAAUCAAGUGAAUAAAAGAACCCUCAAUGACUUGUAUAUAAUGACUUAUAUACUGUAUACACUCUUCUACAAUGCAUCUCACAGUUUGAAUGUUCUUGUUUGCUUUAAUUUAUUUUCUAAGGUCAGGUACAAUUUUUAUUGUCACUUUUAUCAUGGCUAUUACAGUAAUAUUAAAAUAGCAUGGCUAUUAAAUUGGGACCUGGAAGCGUUUUUGAGGUUUAUACAGUCUUACAUCUUAUCUUUUAAAGGCUGUUUUCUCGAUGAGUUAUUUUUUUUUUCUCAGGCAGAAACGUCUCCUUUUCAGUGGCAAUUACAUAUACCAAAUGUUUUAUUCCUAUCUAUAUUCUGAAGGUUUUUGUUGAGGGGUUUGUUCAUAUAGCAGUCUCCUGAUUCAUGUAACGUUUUAUUCCUAAAAACAGUAACUUUUUUUUUUGUCAGCAAAAUGAACCAGGAACCUGGUUUUGUCCAAUGUUCUGUGCUGCUGUCUCCACCUAGUGUCUUGCCAUCAGAUCUCGGCUUAGUGAAUGUCCUUCUGUCUUGUGAUUGUCCUGUUUAUGUUUCGGUUUAUACUGAACGAUGUACCGCUAUAAUCUCACGCUCUCAUAGGUGGGCUUCUGAUUCAUUCAAGCCAUUGUCAAUUGUGCAUCAUGUCAAAAAAAUAUCAUGAUGACAUCCAAUCUGAUUUUCUUACUCAUCAGCUGGUGGAAAUAUGUGUAUGGUGUUUCCCCAUUGGAAAGAACAUAACCGCAUCAAUAUGAAUUAAAAUCUUCCCUUU